CAGGAUGAGCAAGCCGCCGGAAGGAGAGAAGAGAGAAGAAAGAGCUAUUAAAGCAGGCGAAGAAGCAAGCCUUGUUGGAGGAGCAGGCAACAAAGAAGAAGAAGUUGGAAGAGGAGAUGGAGAGAUUAAAGAAAGAGGAGGAAGAAAAGUUGAAGGAAGUAGAAGCAGAAGAAGAAGAAGAAGAAGAAGAAGAAGAAGAAGAAGAAGAAGAAGAGAUUCCCCUACAGAGGAAUGUUAGGAGGACAGGGGAAGGAGAGUCAAGUGGCACAGCAGAAGAAGAGAAGUUGGAGAAGAUGGUGAGUGAGUGGGUAGCAAAUCUAUCCCUGGGAGAACAUGAAGAGGCCGUGAUGUAUAUUCCCCAGGAUGAGAGAGACGCGACAAUUGCUGAGAUCCAGGCAGUUCAGGAUCCCUUGCAGCAUCAGGCCUUGGAGGAGGAAAAGAGGAUGCAGUGGAAGUUGCGCCUUAGGAGACAGAGAAGGAGGCACAUAGAGGUGGCUUCAGAAUUGGAGAAGGAGUUGGCUGCCACGAGGGAACAACAUGCACAGUUGGCAGAGCAAGCAGAUCUCAAGAACAAAGUGGAGAUCAUAGGCAAGAGCCUAGAAGUGAUGAUUCAGGCCCAACAAGAGCAAAUGAAUUAUUUGAGGGGCCACGAUAUAGCUCUGCAGUCCAUGCGCGUAGGCUUUAGAGAUUUUGCGCAUGACAUGAUGAUGCGCAUGGGCAAUGAAAUGCAAGCCCGACUAACUAACAUGGAGAGAUUCUACAAAGCCACGAUCGAGGGGCCUGUCACUGAGCCUAAAGAGGAGAAACCCAUAGACCCUGCUGUUGCCAAGCUGCUGGAAGAGAAUACAGACUUAACUAAGCCGCCUAUAGGAGUAGUGUCGCGGCCCAUCCAGCAUCGCAUUGAGAUAGAGUAUGGCAGUAGGACUCCUGAGGGAGAUGUGUACAGAAUGUCCCCAAGGGAGUUAGAGGAGCUACGUAAGCAGUUAGACGAGCUCCUUGAGAAUGGUUGGAUUAGGCCCAGUUCGUCCCCAUUUGGAGCACCUGUUCUCUUUGUCCCCAAGAAAGAGGGAAAGCUUAGAAUGUGUAUAGACUAUAGGGGUCUGGAUGCUAUCACAGUGAAGAAUGCAGAACCACUGCCCCGCAUAGACGAUUUGUUAGACCGGGUGCAGGGCUGCAAGUAUUUUUCGAAGAUAGAUCUAAAGCACGACUAUCAUCAGAUAGAGGUUCAUCCCAAUGAUCAGUACAAGACAACAUUCCGGACUAGAUAUAGGCACUAUGAGUUUAUAGUUAUGCCCUUUGGACUAACCAAUGCGCCAAUGACUUUCCAGCGCUGCAUGAAUGACCUGUUUAGGCCAUGGUUAGAUAGAUUUGUAGUAAUGUAUCUAUAUGAUAUUCUCGUGUUUAGCAAGACCUUCCAGGAGCAUGAGGGUCAUCUGAGGAAGGUCAUGGAGAAUCUUAGAGAAGCUAACUUCAAGAUCAACGCAAAGAAGUGCGAAUGGGCCAAGACGCAAGUGUUGUACUUGGGCCACGUCUUAGACGGAGACGGCGUUAGACCCAAAAAUAGUAAGAUUGCAGCGAUUAGAGAUUGGCCAACGCCCCGCACACUGACAGAGUUGCGGUCGUUCUUAGGCCUAGCUAACUAUUACAGGAAGUUUGUAAGAAACUUCUCCACCAUCGUUGCACCCCUUCCCAUGUUGCUAAAGAAAGAGGCAAUCUGGAAGUGGGACAAGGACUGUACAACUGCCCUGAAAAUAUUAAAGCGGGCCCUAAUAGAAUACCCAGUCCUUAAGGUAGUUGAUCCGUCCCUACUUUCCGUUGUUACCACUUACGCGAGUCAGUAUGGCAUAGGUGUUGUUCUACAGCAAGACGAUGGCAAUGGAUAUAGGCCCGUAGAGUUCAUGUCUGCUAGGAUGCCUUCAGAGAAGGUGGCGACAUCUACCUAUGAGAGGGAACUCUACGCUCUCAGGCAAGCACUAGAGCACUGGAAACAUUACUUGCUUGGGAGGCAAUUCAAAGUCUAUUCAGACCACGAGACUCUAAGGUGGUUGAAGACCCAGGUCAAGAUGACACCUAAGCUUACUAGGAGGGCCGCAGAGUUAGACCAGUAUGACUUUGAACUAAAGCCAGUUAAAGGGAAGUAUAAUGUGGUGCAAGGUCUUUUCCAAGAUCGAUUCAAGUCUGGCUACCAUCAGAUUGAAGUUGAUCCUGCGAACCAGCACAAGACUGCAUUCAAAACACGCGAUGGGCUUUACGAGUUUACCGUAAUGCCCUUCGGUCUCACGAACGCACCGGCCACCUUCCAAAGCCUUAUGGACAAGGUCCUCCGCGAACAGAUUGGCCGGUUCGUGGUGGUAUACCUCGAUGAUAUACUAAUCUUCAGCAAAUCCAUGGAGGAACACCUCAAGCACCUCGAGGAAGUGCUCACUAUCCUCAAGAAGACGCAACUCCAUCUCAACCCAGAGAAAUCUGAGUUUGGGAAGGAUAGCGUCAUCUAUCUUGGGCAUCGGUUGUGUGUUGCAGGCCUAGAGCCUGAGGCAACCAACAUUGAAGUCAUACGCAAUUGGCUUCAGCCCGCGAACAUCCGUGAACUGCGCUUUUUCCUUGGUCUCGCGUUAUACUAUCGGAAGUUUGUGUCCCGCUUCUCUAUUGUUGCUCGUCCAUUGUCCCGGUUGACAAGAAAAAAUGUUCCCUACUCUUGGGACACCGCGUGCACGAACGCCUUUCAAGCCUUGAAAGACAUCUUGGUAAGUUAUCCAGUACUCCACAUUGCAGAUUCCAAACUGGCAUUCGUAGUUACUACGGAUGCAAGUCAAUAUGAAAUCGGCGCAGUGCUGCGGCAAGAUGACGGCGAUGGCUUGCGGCCGCUUGAAUAUUACAGCAAACGCAUGCCCAACGAAAAGGUAGCCACUUCCACCUACAUGCGCGAGCUCUAUGCUUUGCGUAUGGCUUUGGACCAUUGGAAGCACUAUCUUUUGGGACGGCACUUCAAAGUGUUCUCAAAUCACGAGACUCUGAAGUGGAUUAAAGAGCAAACUACCUUGUCCCCUACGUUACUUCACUGGUUCCAUGAAAUUGACAUUUACGACUUUGAACUAAGGCACAAAAAGGGUUGUUAUAACCGAGUAGUUGAUGCUUUGUCUCACCACCCUGAGUACAUGACUUGCCUUGUGAAAUCCGACGACCUCCGGAAGAAAUUGAAGGAGGAGCUCGUAGAGCAUACAGCCAAGGAUCCGGAACUUACUCCCAUCCUUGAGCGGCUGCGGACUGAUCCUAGCAGUUAGGCCAAUUUUCACGAGAACAAAGGACUGAUUUUCCG